ACCACUUCCGGUAGAAAUCAUAUGCUUAGCAUUAGCAAUCAUUUAAGUUCGCGAAACUGUGUGACUUAACUAUUUACUUCGCCGUCUUAAUAAGCUUCAUACUUUGUUCACGGUGUUCAUUACCAUUACAAUAAUUUAUUCGGUACAAGCAUAUGCUGUGAAAUGAAAGAAACCUCAUUGUUUUGUGUUUUGCCCUGGUUUCUCAAGAUAGCUUAGCGUGUUAGCUGCUAACAAAGAGAGGCGGAAGUUAGCAUCACAUGCUAAUUGUUGUUGUUGUGAAAAUGUGUAAAGUUCAAAUGCUGCGAGCGUUGGUGAACGAGCGGCUGACUGCUGCCGUGGAAGAAAUAUUCGUAGUGUUGGAAAGAACGAUAGCGGAGUACGAGGAGGAACUUUGUCGGACGAAAGAGGAGAACGAGCGACAACGACAACUACUGGACGCUGUUAUCAAGCCUCAAACGGAGUCACGCACAGCAGAUGUCGGUGAAGAAGAUAUUUCCUCCAACCAGCAAAGGUGCAGCUCCAGGAUGGAGCAAGAGGAGCCACGGCCCUCUGGUUUUAAAGAGGAAGAGCAAAUGUGGACUCAGGACCAGGCUGACAUUAGCAAGUUCGCAGUGACUUGUGUGAUUGUGAAGAGCGAAGGCGAUGAGGCUGAAGCUCAGAGUAAACAGCUUGAUCACAGUCAAAGUGAGGAGAGGAGAAUAUCGGAUGCAGAUGGCCUCUUGGCUCCGCUGUCGGAUAGCGACAACACAACGUCGCGCUCUCCUGACACGGAUGAUGAAGACUCUCUCGCUGACAAACAUUUUAAAUGCUCUCAAUGUGACAAAAUAUUUGCCCACAGGAAGAAUUUGCAAAGACACAUGAGAUGUCACACAGGGGAAAAGCUCAUUUCCUGCUCAUUUUGCAACGAAAGGUUCGCUCAAAGGGAAGAUUGGAUAGCGCACACACAAAAACACGCCGGAGAAAAGCCAUAUUCAUGUUCGGUCUGCAACAUGACUUUUAGGUUUCAGUCCACAUUCAUCAACCACAUGCGAACGCAUACUGGUGAGAAACCGUUUAAGUGCUCAGUCUGCAGCAUGAGUUUUAGUGUCCAUUCAUCAUUGCUGAGACACACGAGGUCGCACACCGGCGAGAAGCCUUUCGUCUGCUUAUUUUGCGGUAAAAAAUUCCCCCGAAAAAUGAGUUUAAAAGAGCACACACGAAUACACACGGGGGAAAAACCCUUCUCCUGCUCAGUCUGCAACGCAAGCUUCCGAUUUCAGUCCAAACUGGUUAACCACAUGCGAACGCACACCGGCGAGAGACCGUUCGCCUGCUCGGUAUGCGAGAAAACGUUCACUCAAAAGGAACAUUUAAGGAUACACAUGGUGACACACAGCGGAGAGAAAGCCUUUUCUUGCUCUGUUUGCGGCCAAAGAUUCUCAGCAAAAAGCAGUUUGGUGACACACAUGCGAACGCACACGGGUGAGAAACCAUUCAGCUGCAAUGUGUGCAAUGAGACAUUCUCUUAUAAGUAUCAGCUUUGCAAACACGUCUGUGUUGGUGAGAGCAGCGGAAAUCAAGCACAUUUUACUGAAUAGAUGUAACCUUUUUAGGCAGCCUGUGUCUUCUGUAUGUUAUAAUUAUGUAUGUGUGCAACACUUUGGAACCAACUGAACACCAGAUGUGAUCUUGUCAUGUCUGUAUUAUCAUGUUUUGUUUUAAGUCAUGUUUUGUUUAGUUUCUGUCUUUUCACUCCCUUGUCUGGUCACCAUAGCAACCAUUAGUUUUCACCUGUCACGUCACGCACCUGUUUCACGUUUUGAGUCACGCACCUGCUUUCACUAAUCAUGUCCAUAGUAUUUAAGUUCAUUCAUUUUCUGUUGUUCGGCCUGACGACCUCACCCCAUAUAUGCUUCUGCACACCCUUAUGAUCCGUGCUGCUCUUUUUUCAUGCCGGUUCCAUGCCAAGUAAGUUUUUGUUUAUCAAGCCACAGUUUAUGUUUUGUUUAAUUGUUCAUAGUUUCCGCCACUGUGCACGCUUUGGUUUGAUCCUUUUUUGUAGUUCUAGUGUUUCAAUAAAUCAUGUACCUUCAUUCCCGUCUCGCCCGUGCCAACUUUUCGUUGCAUCCCGGAAAAGCAAACUCCCAAGAUCAAGUCGUGACAGAUCUUCAUUAAAAUCUGUAAAGGUUGGCAUAGUCUUUUACAUUAGCUGCACUUCCAUGAUGCUGGG